GUCAACUGUUAGUGUCUUUACCCGCUUUCUGGGGCCACAUUUCCCUCCUAUUCUCUCUUCUUCACAUCCAUUACCUUCGGCAUUGCGCCUCUUCUGGCAUCCAUGCGGUCCACGCCAUGUCUUUGAAUGGGCUUGAUACUGCCCCCGUCCUUGAAGCCUACCAAAGUGCCUUGGCCGACGCGGGCGGGUGGUUUCUACUACACUACAUCGCCAGAGAUGAGGUUGCCCUUCACGAACGAGGCACCGGCGGGGUGCCCGAGAUCCGGAAUGCCAUUGAGGGUUACGAGGAAUGCUCGCCGCUCUAUGGCUUCCUUCAAUACCGGCGCAGAAAAGUGAUCAUCCGCUACAUGCCGGAGGGGUUAUCCCGACUCAUACUAGCCCGAAGCAAUGUCCAAUUCCAGUCCGUCACCGACAAGUUCACCCCAAACGACACUGUACUGCCUCUAUCCAAAGCCUCCGAUCUCACCGAAAGCGCCUUGUCCUCUGCCUGUCUCCUCCAUACCGCUUCGACCUCAAUUACCUCUUCUUCGAGCUCUCUUCGCCGUCGUCGGCUGAUGGAAAUUACGGAAGAUGCUGAGGAGAAUGGCACAAAAGAUGAAACCCCGAAACCAAUACCACCUCCCCAGUCCGAGGCCCGACACAGACCAAGGAGCGUUAAGUCGGAAGCUACCCUCGUGCCGUCGCCCAUUGAACCCCCCGUCCCCGUGGAACCAGAACUACCCCCGAUAUCACCAGAAAGCGAAAAGGCAUCAGUCGAUCUCAUGCCACCUCCAUCCAGGGCGAGCUCCAGAGCCACAAUCUCUCGAGGAAGUCCCAUCGAACCACAAUCAGCAACAAUGUCCCCCAGAUCCAUAAAAUCAGAUCGCUCUCGCUCCAGUUCUAGGUACCGAACGAUCUUGGAUGAAUUCCCUCGUCCUUCAGAAGAGGCCCGGUUGUCCACCCAAUCCAGCCGCCCCUCACUCCAAGAUUUGGAACGGGCCGCAGGAUACACUCCAAAGGUUAAGUUGGGACCCCGACCGUCCGUGGAUAGCAGUGGAAGGCCCCGCACAGCAGGCAGUUCUCGAAAUGUAGACCAGCGCCCCGUGGCCUCCCUGCCGACAAAUAUGCGCACUUCUUCUGUGCGGAAGCAAAAUGGCGAUGCACCCCGCCCUCGAUCUCAGGGGAGCACUUUCGCAACUAAGCCCACCAGUCGUGUCCCGCCAGUCCCACCUUUACUGGUCCCACCCCCUCCAUUCCUAUUUCGAGACCUCAACUUUCCCCUAGCGCAAAAUCUCUUGGCUUUGCAGCAAAGGAAAAAGAAUAUGGCCAAGCGUGCGGAGGAAACAAAAAAGAAGCAAGUCUCGGAGCAAGGAGAGCUCAAACCAGUGAAGGAUAUUGUCAAGGAUCUGGAUGACGAUAAAGAAAAUCUCAUUCAGAUUCACUAUCCCGAUUCUGAAAUGCUGCAGUCGGAGCGGGAGACAAUUCAACAAGAUCAACGGGAGCUUCCUUCGGCCAUGUCACCCGUGCCUCUUGAGCUCGCCCCUGAGCUUGUUCCUGAACCUAUUCUUGAACCCGCCUUCGAGUCUGUUCAUGACUCCACCCUUGAAAAUGCACCCGCGCCUGUUCCCGAGACCGUUGUUGAAUCCGCUCCUGGGCCUGUUGAUGCUUCCAGUCUUGAAUUUUCCCGCGAACCCGUCCCCGAGGCCAUUGUUGAAUCCGCUCCCGAGCCUGUCGAGGCAUUUGCUGAGCCCCUUUCUGAACUUGCCCCUAAGCCCGAUGACUCGAAUUCCGACGCUGCCCUCGAACCAUCCACCGAAUCAAUUGUUGAGUCUGCUAUGACGCCUGAACUAGAGCAGCCCUCGGAGCCUCUUGAGGCUGAAUCAGAACCGAUCGCUGAUCUACCUCCUGCUAACGUUGAUGAUGGGUCCACACCUGUAGAGACCGUUAAGGCAGAAACGCUGCAGACACCCCCUGAGGAUGAAACACGCACUGAGCACCAGGACUCCGCAAUUCCUGGUCUCGCCCCACCUACCUUUAAUCUUGGUGUUCCCCUCCAAAAUGAGCCUUCGGGUGCCCAACGACCUGAUUCAGGGGACGUCCCCGAAACACACCUCGAAAUUUCCCCAGUUGUAGAUGCGCCAACUGACGAGCCUUCUGAGGUGGUAAUCUCAUCAGAGGUCCUUGAGGCGGCGGAUGAGGCAACCCCUGAUCACCCAAUUUCCGAGAAAGCCGAGCCUCUUACCCUGGAUCAGAGGCGCAGGGUCCACCUGGAGCCUAUUCAAGUGCCCACCCUAGAGUUCUCGGACGACGACAACCUCCUUUCCGACGAUUCAUUCAUGGAGGAAUUGACCUCAGCCACUGUUCAGGAGGCCAGACCAGUAUCUGUGAAAUCUCCCAACGGCGUCGAUCACGCCUGGAGGAAUUCACGCGCCGUCUCUAGCCCAUUCUCAAUGGGAUCACCGUCGGGUAUGCAAGCUCUCGCAGUGGGCCGGUCCAUUUCUAGUUCUCACUCCGAAAAUGGCUCGCCUACGCCGGUACUCAUGGCGAAAAAGAUCAACGUCUCCUCUGGAAUUUCUAGUCGUAUCAAGGCCCUUGAAAAGUUCACGAGCCGCGAAGGCACUCCCUCGGGUGCGAGUCCGGCGGUAAGUGUGCCAUCAGCCUCCUCGUCUUUCGAGAACCUUCGCAAACGCGCAUCUAUCUCGUUGCCCAGUGGGAACCACGAAAGCACCCCGCCACACACAAUGCAUUUUGCUCACGUCCCCGACAACUUUACCCGUGCGCCGAGCUUGAGUCGACACAACCGUCAGGUGUCUGUGGAUGUUACGCGCCCAACUAGCUCUGUUUCCGUGAAAGCCCGUAUCGUGCGCGAUGCAGAUAUCUCACCCGGGUCUUCCGGACUUGAGCCCUCGGAGUCCGAUGUUGUCAAACUUCAGGCUAGUCCUUUGACUGUGGAGCAUGAGACAGCCGAGGCGCCACUCCCUCAGGUCUCUCCCAUCGAGCCUGCCAGCCUUCCCCAGGACCGAAGCCCGUCAAUGUCGUCUACUACAUCUAGUCGCCAAGCGACGUCUCGCCCCGGCAGCCGCCCUUCUCUCCCCUCGCGCUCUCGGACUGACGACAGCGUCCAAUCCGCCUCUUCCACAUCCGAAGAUAAGAAGAUGUCUCGCACCUCGCGACUCAUGCGCCGUAUGUCCUCGAUCACAUCCAACUCUCGCCGCAGCAUUAUCGGAGCCCUCAGCUCGCCAGUCAAGGAAGAGUAUGUUCCCGCCUCUACAAAUGGGUCUAGCAAGGCUCCAGGGUCUACUAGCUCGCGUACUUCAGAACCAAUUGAUAUUGGUGAAGUAAACGUCCAGUUCCCAGAAACUCUUCUGUGGAAGCGUCGGGUCAUGCGCAUCGAUGAACAGGGAUACGUUGUUCUCACGCCUGGCACCAACGAUGCCACCACCCGCAACAUGACUAAACGUUACCAUCUCACUGAGUUCCGCACUCCGUGUCUUCCUGAUGAAGACAUGCAGGAAUUGCCCAACACUAUCUUGCUCGACUUCCUAGAUGGAAAUACGCUUCAGUGUGCUUGUGAAUCCAGACAGGGACAAGCUUCUGCUCUUCAGACUCUCAUCGAGGCUCACAGUGCCCACCAGCAAUAAUCCUCCCAAUUGGUCAAAGGACAGGACUCCUCACACCGAUAAUCCUGUCUUCCAUACUUUCAUUCU